AUGGCAUCUGACUCUCAAGGGCCAGUUGUGGUAGGCAUCUCCAUUGCCUUUGCAGUCGUUACUUUUGUGGUUAUCUGUCUGCGAAUGUUUGCUCGAGUCGUCGUUCUGAGGCAUGUAGGUGUGGAUGAUUCUGUCAGAAAAGGACUGGGCUCUCAUCUUGCCGAUGUGGAUAAGAGCAACCUGCCCUCCUAUUCUUUCGUCGUAUGGCUCAGCUCGAUGUUCUAUCUGGCCUGUCUGGGCUUCAUCAAAACGUCGGUCUGCUGGUUCUACACGCGCAUCGGCGACAAGACGCUCACGCGAAUGUCUUUGAUCAUGAUGGGUAUCGUCGGCACCCAGGCUGCAGUGUUCGUCAUGGUUGCAGCCUUUCAGUGUCAACCCAUCCCGAAAGCCUGGAACACGGCCUUGCCGGGCCAGUGUGUUGAGAUCAAUAUCUUCUAUCUCUCCAACGCGGCCUUAAACAUCUUGACUGAUUUGCUCACCUACUCGCUCCCUAUUAAAGUCCUCCUCAAGCUACAGAUGCCGGUCAAGCAGAAGUUUGCCCUUGGCUUCAUCCUCUGCUUGGGACUUUUUGCCUGCAUCUCUUCGAUUAUUCGCAUCACCUAUAUCCCCACCAUGCUAAAAUCGGCUGAUUUCACCUACGCCAUCGGCGGCGCCAUGUACUGGUCCGUGAUCGAGACCAACGUGGGUAUCCUGGCCGCCUCGAUCCCCUCCUGUAAGGCAAUUGCCUCCCGCUUCCUGCCCCGACUCAUCGGCGAGUACUCCUCCGGGCGCAAAUACGCAUCCUCCAAACUGACAGGAUCCAAACAAACACACUGGGGAUUCUCGCGGUUCAAAGACAGUGUGACAAUGAACUCACUGAGGACCAAGGAUGCCGAGGUUAUGCCGACAGAGCUUGGGACAGGGUACGGCAGCAAUACCAGCGAGGAGCGGAUCGUGGUGCCGAAUGGGAAAAUCUGGACUCCAACACAGAUCGAGACGAAUGUGGAAAUCAGCGACGCGAGUACCCGGUGA